AUGAGGAUGUCCUUGGUUGGGGCAACCAUUGGAGACUACCUGGAUGUCCAUGGACUAUGCAUAAUUGGUCCUGUUCCUCAUUGCAUAUGGCACUCUGGAGAGUUAGCCCCAUUUUUCACGACUGGUAGAGCUCAGGAGAAUUUUGCAGCACUUGGGAGAGUGGACCCUGAACUUUGUCUGGAUAACACAUCAGAGUUGAUCAUAGAAGUGGAGGUACAGAGCAUCAGGGCAUCUGGCCUCAUCCUGUUGGAAACAAUACUCUUUGGUUCUCUGCUCCUAUACUUUCCGGUCGUUAUUCUGUACUUUGAGCCAAGUACAUUCCGUUGUAUUCUCCUAAGGUGGGUCCGUCUUCUCGGUUUUGCGACUGUUUAUGGAACUGUGACCCUCAAGCUUCACAGGGUUUUGAAAGUGUUCCUUUCACGAACAGCACAAAGAAUCCCAUACAUGACUGGCGGUCGGGUCAUGAGGAUGCUGGCAGUAAUAAUCUUGGUAGUGUUUUGGUUUCUUGUUGGCUGGACUUCUUCUAUGUGCCAGAACUUGGAGCGGGAUAUCUUGCUUGUUGGCAAAGGGCAAACAUCUGAUCACCUCACCUUCAAUAUGUGCCUCAUUGAGCGCUGGGAUUACAUGACAGCAGUCGCUGAAUUUUUAUUCCUCUUGUGGGGCAUUUAUCUCUGCUAUGCAGUGCGGACUGUCCCUUCAGCAUUUCAUGAGCCACGCUACAUGGCUGUUGCAGUUCACAAUGAGCUCAUUAUCACAGCUAUAUUCCACACAAUUAGAUUUGUGCUCGCCUCAAGACUUCAGCCCGACUGGAUGCUGAUGCUGUAUUUUGCACACACUCACUUGACUGUGACAGUCACCAUUGGGCUGCUUCUGAUUCCAAAGUUUUCACAUUCAAGCAAUAACCCCCGUGAUGACAUUGCCACCGAAGCAUAUGAAGAUGAGCUGGACAUGGGUCGUUCUGGAUCCUACCUGAACAGCAGCAUCAAUUCAGCCUGGAGUGAGCACAGCCUAGAUCCAGAAGACAUUCGGGAUGAACUGAAAAAACUCUAUGCCCAGUUAGAAAUAUACAAGCGUAAGAAGAUGAUCACAAACAACCCCCACCUUCAGAAAAAGCGGUGCUCCAAGAAGGGCUUAGGCCGGUCCAUUAUGAGGCGCAUCACUGAGAUCCCAGAGACGGUCAGCAGGCAGUGCUCCAAAGAGGACAAGGAGGGCACAGACCACAGUGCGGCCAAGGGGACUGGCCUCGUCCGGAAGAAUCCUACCGAGUCCUCAGGGAACACAGGGAGACCCAAGGAGGAGUCUCUGAAAAACCGAGUCUUCUCUCUCAAGAAAUCCCACAGCACGUAUGACCAUGUGAGAGACCAAACUGAAGAAUCCAGCAGCGUGCCCACGGAGAGCCAGGAAGAGGAGGCCACUGAAAAUUCAACCUUGGAGUCGCUGUCAAGUAAAAAACUGACACAAAAGCUCAAAGAAGAUAGUGAGGCUGAGUCCACAGAGUCAGUGCCGUUGGUCUGCAAGUCAGCCAGUGCUCACAACCUCAGCUCCGAGAAGAAGCCUGGGCACCCACGUACGUCUAUGUUACAGAAGUCGCUCAGUGUCAUUGCAAGUGCCAAGGAGAAGACACUCGGGCUGGCUGGCAAAACCCAGACUUUAGUUAUGGAAGACCGAGCUAAGUCCCAGAAACCAAAAGAUAGAGAGACAAACAGGAAGUACUCAAAUUCAGAUAACACAGAGUCUAAAGAUUCUACCUUCCCAAACUCCAAUCACACGGAGGAGCUAAGAAAGCCCCAGAAAUCUGGGAUUAUGAAACAGCAGAGGGUCAGCCUCCCCACUGCCAAUCCUGACGUGAGUUCCGGCCCCACCCAGAUAAAGGACAAUUUUGAUAUUGGAGAAGUUUGCCCUUGGGAGGUUUAUGACCUGACCCCUGGUCCUGUGCCUUCAGAACCAAAAACUCAAAAACACGUAUCAAUUGCAGCUUCUGAAGUGGAACAAAACCCAACUUCUUUUUUGAAAGAGAAGUCCCACCACAAGCCUAAGGCAGCUGAAGGUCUCCACCAAGCCAGUCACAAGAGCAUAGACAAGACAGAGGUGUGCCCCUGGGAGAGCCACAGUCAAUCCCUUUUGGAAGAUGAGAAUCGUCUGAUUUCUAAGACUCCAGUUCUCCCAGGGAGAGCCAGAGAGGAGAAUGGAAGCCAGGUCUACACAACCAAUCCGUGUGCUGGGCAAUAUGAAGAACUGCCCCCCAAAGCCGUAGCAUCAAAAGCAGAGAAUGAAAAUCUCAACCAAAUGGGAAACCAGGAGAAACAGACAUCUUCCUCUGUGGAUAUCUUUCCUGGCUCCUGUAACUCAAGUAAUAACUCCCACCAACCCUUAGCAUCACGAGCUGAAGUGUGUCCCUGGGAGUUCGAGCCCCUAGAACAACCAAAUGUUGAAAGAAGCGUAGCUUUACCUGCCUCCUCCACUUUAAGUGCAAAUAAGAUACAGGGGCCUCGGAAAUAGGAGAUCCAGGACACUUGCAAAGUGUACCACCCUGGGAAGAAAGGGGUAAUCCUGAGUUUGAUAAAAAUAGAUCUGAAAAUCAAGUUACCAAGGAAUCUUUGUUAGCCUAGGGAGACAUGGCACAUGGUGCGGAAAGGUGAAAGCAAGGACCGGAGAAGGACCAGAAAAAGGCUGUUAUGCAUUAUAAUAAGGAAGUCUGAAUCCUCCAUGAAAAGCCAAAUCAACACUAGGGGACGCUUAGCAUAUCCGCCUGUUUAAGGGACAUUGUUCUAUCCAUCUUUACACAUGGGAUUGAAUGGUCCCAAGCAAGAUUCACCAGGAGGCAUGGAAGACAGAGGCACGGAAAAACUUAGAUACAUGUGACUGUAAUUCUAAGUAGCCAUCUGAAAAGACCCUCAUUACCUAUUUAACCUUGGUAGCACUAACUAAAUGCACCCCAAUACCUUUUAUAUACACGAUUGCUCUCAUUUUCUUAAAAUCUAUGUUUCAGUACAUUGUUGUGUCUCAUAUUCAAGCAUUCCAAAUUGUAUAAUUUUUGCAAAAUAACUUUGAUAUUAUGUGACACAACACAUUUAUGCAAUCUGCAGCUACUCAAUUGUCAUUGCAACCUACCAAAUACCUGCAAUCAUCUACCAAGUGUGGUUGAUUCUUGGAGUACAGUAAGCUUUCUCUGGCUUAGGAAGCCAUAACUGUUAUGAUGAAAACUUUUAGUUUGGGCUGUGGUUUAUAUAGUGAAGUUGGGUUUGACUCUUUUGUUUCCCAUCAUGGCUUGUUGUAAUGUCUUAAUUUUUCUUUUAAAUAUGAGUUGAGUUUCUUGUUCUAUACUUCUUGUAGGGACUCUGAAGCUUUAUUAAUCUUGGAAAUGAAGUGGUCCUGCUUAGUCAUAUGUCUCAGUAAGUUAAGGACAACUUAUCCAUUGUUUGUUCCAAAUCAGAGCUAGAUCACCCCAUGCAUCAUCCUGCUUAACUCUUUCAGUACUUCACAUUAGCAUUUCUUAAGGAGGAAGCUGAACGAGGAAACUAUGCUGUGCAUUGUUACCAACAGAAGAAGUCAACUCUAGGAACGCCUUGAGAAUGAGAGCAUACUGCAGGUCUAGGAAUUUGCCUUUCAUGACAAAUACAGAAAGGUAGCUCCUAAUAGCACUUUCAAGGGAUUAUUUUUAUAAAGAGAAAAAUUAAUGAUAGCAUUGAGAUCAUUGUAUGGAUAUAUUUUUAUUAUGCAUACUGAAAAUAUGAUAUUUUAAAUUACCGUAAACUAUUUAUUCUCAUAAACUUUUAUUCAUUGCUUCACCUGGGCACAGAACUAGCUGGGCUCAAAUCCCAAAGAGAUUUUAUAAUUUGAUUUACCCAAAACCCAUAGGUGGUAUGGGUUCUUUAUGAUCCCCAGUACCAGAACUUACAAGUCCUUCAAACUGUCCUUGCAAGCCACCUAGCUCAAAAUGCAAAGCCUAAGACUGGUCUGCAGAUAUCAAAGCAUAUCUUAGAGAACUUGCUGCAUUCCCUGCUUAUCUCUAGCAUGAACAUCCUGAUUUGCUGACCUAGCUCAGCAGGAUUGUGGUCUUGAAAUGAGACUCUACAAUCCCGGCACAUUUUAUUUAAAGACGAAUCACUUAAAACCAGAGCCCAGGCUUGAUUUUCUCCCAUGAUGAACACUGAACAACCACUUAUGUGACCAAGACAUUUCCAGCCGAAGGAACUGUUUUACCUUUGGUGAGCAAGAAGGAGAAUUUGCUAGGAGGAUGUAGGAGGGGGAGAAGGAGUCAGAAGGUAGAUACAAGGCUGUGUUUAUGCUUUGUACCUAUCAUCCAACUUUUCUCAGUGUUUAUUUUUGUAUUCAAGAGUAAGCAAGCACUUGCAGAAUUGGCAGAGCUGGGUCCACUCAUUUGCUUGCUUCAUUCACUACUCAGGUUGGUGGGGUAGGUUUGGAAAGCUAUAGAGGUUUUAUUGUUAACUGCUGCCUUCAUUGGUCCCUAUCAUCCCCACCUUUCCAGUUAAGGCCUAUCUUCUCUGUGACUUUAGAAUCCUGUUUUGAGGAGCAUCUGUGAAUGCAGCUUAGAGUUUGUAGACUCACAUCCUUGUUUCACUUGUGUCUGAGAUCUGUUAGCACUAGAUUUGCCUCUGAGAAUUAAGCAGGCAACUGUCACUGACUUUCAUUGCACUUCAGGGUGACCCUGCUUGACAUGUGGCUCACAGAAGAUUUGCCAAAUUAUACCAUAGUGACAGUCUGCUCUUCCCCAUAGAUUAUUCUCCACCAUCACAAAUCAGCACAAAUGUCUAGGGUAUUUCCUAGAGCUUCAUUUUCAUUACUCAUCACCAAAAGAAAUUGAACUCUGUCAUUCUGGAAGCUCUUUUCCCAGGCUGAGAACAAUAGAAAGUGCAUACAGUGUGAAGGUCUCACAAACAUUUGCUAGGUUGUCCUUUCAGUGCAUGUGCAGGCUGCACCCUGUCAUUGUUUUAAGCCAGGGUUU